CCGAAAUCUCCCACUCCCUCCCUCUCCGACCGGAACGCCGCUGAGAAAUCCAGUUUUGCCCUUCCCAUACGGACGGCAUGAACAACCCCCAGAAUGUGAUUCACCGCUGGAAUGAGAGAGGGCGGCUGGAGACAAGAUAUAUAAUAGCCGCUGACAGCCCCCCGACCGCCCGCCGGCGGAGGCAGCUCAUAUUAUGUAACUACAGUUAACCGAACCCACUCGCAUCGAGUAAAAGCAAACGUCGAAGGGAACCAGAACGUUCGUUGCUUGCACCGGACGAUCACUUUCACCGCUGUCACAUGGCAAACCGACCGUUCACAGUCGAGACACCGAGUAGAUAAAACACUAGAUACCGCCAUCUUGCAGCGUAGAACCUUUCGAUCGGAGAGAAACAAAACAGCCGCAUAAAACCCCAUUGCCAGCGUCUGUUAUGCUGGACAUGCUUGACGGUCGCCUCUCGGAGCAAAGCUCCCCCCUUUUCGCUUACUCAGAGGAGCGGGCACCGUCGCCUUUCACAACACAGCAAUCAUCCAGUCAUAGCCGCUCGAACGGUCUCGGAUUCACAGCAGCAGUGCAGUCCAUACCACCUUCAAUGGUCCGCUGCGAAGUCCGCACGCGUCUCCCAUCCGAGUUCGGCGGCGAGUGCCAUGUGCACAUGUACAGCAACAACAAAGACAACGAGGAGCAUCUCGCGCUAGUGUAUGGAGAGGAAAUUCAGAGCGCAUCGUUGGAGGAGAUGCGUUCGGAUGACACGCCGGAGGAACGGAUGCUGCGUGGUGUGAGAUUCGUCGAUGGAGUCUCACAGGAGGGCGACGCACGGCAGCGAAUGAAAACGACGCCGCCGUUGGUGCGAAUCCACUCAUGCUGCUUCACAGGAGAAACGCUGGGGUCCCUGAGAUGCGACUGCGCUGAGCAACUGAAGGAAGCGAUGCGGAUGAUGGCGGAGGAAGGGAGCGGGAUAGUGCUCUACCUGAACCAGGAGGGCCGCGGGAUUGGGCUGAAAGAGAAACUGAGAGCGUACAACCUUAUCGAUCUCGGGUACGACACGAUGGCCGCCAACAUCGCGCUCGGCCACCCAGCAGACGCACGGACGUACGAAAUCGCCAGCGCAAUGCUGAAGGACCUCGGCAUUCACAGCGCGAGGUUGCUGACCAACAACCCCGAUAAACUACAAAGCUUGCAGAAGGAUGGCAUUGACAUUGUAGAGCGAGUGCCUAUGAUUCCGGCGAGUUGGCGACGGUUGGGCGAUGGGAUGAAGGAGGUGGCGGAUGCGACGGCGCAUGAUACGCAGACGCGCAUGGAUGCUGGAUCGCAACCAACACCACCCGCGUCACCUGAACCGUCACAUCACGACCCACAUUCACGGCGCGGUCAUGCUACAAAUCCAGCGAGUUCGAGAGCGAGGCAACUGCAGGAUAGAGACGAAUACCUAGUCACGAAAGUGCAACGAAUGGGUCACAUAUUGAACAUCCCGUCGCAAGUGCUAGAGGCAGUGAAUAAGUCCACUGCGUCCCAUAGCCCCUCACCGAUGACUCCGGUGUCUGUCGGAGAAAUUCAGUGGACAUGAGACCAAUUUCCUUCUCCAUAGAGGACUUACGAUGGAACACAUGCCUGUGCUCGUCACUAUUUGUAUAAUAAUGUAUUUUUAU